GUCGGAGGAGAGGGAGAGAAAAAGCGCAAAAGACUAAACCCCGUAGCGCAUUCCGCACCAUGCGCAUCUAUUAGCAAAGUUUCGUGGUGUGGCUGCUAGCUUGCGCGAAAUAUCUACCCCACCCCUUAUACACACACAUACAGAAAAUAAGCCAUUGAAGCUUCAGAAACUCGGAAAAGCCUGCCAAAAAUCAAAAAAAGAAGAAGAAGGCGCAUCAGGGUAUAAGAAGGAGGAGGACCAUGGCGGAUCUCUACGUUUGGUUGCUCUCCUUCUUCUUCCUUAUUGCCCUUCUCGUCCUUGUUGUUUACCAGCUAAUGUGCCUGGCAGAUCUAGAAUUUGAUUAUAUCAACCCUUAUGACUCUUCAAGAAGGAUAAACCAAGUGAUUUUGCCAGAAUUUAUUACACAAGGAGUCCUAUGCGCCUUCUUUCUUCUAACAGGGCAUUGGGUUAUGACACUGCUAUGUGGUCCAUACCUAUACUACAAUGUGAAACUGUACAUGCGGCAGCAGCACUUAGUAGAUGUUACGGAGAUAUUCAACAUGCUAAAUAGAGAAAAGAAGCAGCGGCUUUUUAAACUCUUUUAUCUCAUCUUCCUCCUCUUCCUUUCCAUCUUUUGGAUGAUCUUAACUGCACUGGAAGAGAACGAAUAAGGGGGAUAAAUGAUUUAUUUAUGGGGAUGUUGACAAGUAGAAUUUCAGUCACACAGACCGUUGGCUUGAUCGAUAGUUUGGAACUAAUUUGCUGCCUCUGUCCAACAUAUGUGCUUCUGCUCAAGUUUGUAGGAGUUUCAGGGUUGUGUAAUUGUGAAAUUGUAACUUAAUUUGUUCAGGUAAAGGAGGUAUGGCAUUUUUUUUCGACAUGCUGUUGUAGCCGUAGUUGGGGGGCGUUUCUGGAUUGUGUUUUUGUUAGCUUGGCUAGUUUCCGCAGAUGUUAUAAUCUUGGAACAUUUUGCUAUCAGUAAAAAUUUACUGGGAUUAUAUAUA